UCCAUCUGGUGGACGUUGCAGAAAAUUGGAAAGAAUAGCAGACGAAGAUGACAAGGAGUUUGCUUUUGGUUCUAUUGUUCAUCCAUGCAACUUCAGCAGCAAGCGCAGAACCCUCAGGCGAAGCACCGCCUCCAGGCGACGCUGGGGCAGCCAAAGGAAGCUCCGUAUGGCAAACUCUACAUGGGGAGCAGCCAAAGGUGGUGGCUCAUGGCGGGUUCUCGGGGUUAUACCCACAAUCGACUCCAACUGCGAAUGCAAUUGCUGCACUAUACCCAAAACUGAUUCUGCUCUGCAAUUUACAAAUAACAAUGGACAAGGUCGGAAUCUGCGUGGCAAAUCUCGACCUCAGUGAAGGAACCAGCAUAGCGGUAGAGUACCCCAACAAAACUAAAACGUACAAGGUAAAUGGAAAAGAUGUCACGGGCUAUUUCAGCGUGGAUUACGCCAUGAACCAACUCAAUAACGUGAUAGCAACGCAGAGCGUAUUGAGCCGUCCAGAUGCCUUCGAUAUCGAUCCGAUUCCAACAUUUGAUGAUUUUCGUGCAAGCAUCGCUGCUCCACGGUGGAUCCAUGUUGAGUAUCCUCAAUUCUAUGACGAGCACAAGCUGAGCUAUGAGGACUAUUUUGACAAAAAUAGUCUCCGAGGCAUCAAUUAUUUAUCCACUCCGGAGCUUACUUUUCUGAAGGCAAUAAGUGCUAUGAAACCCCCUACCAUGAAGCUCUAUUUUGCCUUCAAAGGCAGAGAAGAGCUAGAACCCACAACCAACCAAACCUACGGUGAGCUCUUGUUAGACAAACUCAAACCGAUGAUAACUGGAAUUGUUGUCCCAAGGGAAUACAUAUGGCCGGUCGAAAAAUCCAACUACUUGGCACCAGAGCCAAACCUACUGGUGGCUGAUGCUCAUGAACUUGGUCUGGAAGUAUAUGUCUACGGAUUUGCAAAUGACAAUGUACUCAGCUACAACUAUAGUUAUGAUCCAACAGAAGAAUACCUGCAAUUCACCAGUAAGGGCUUCUCAGUCGAUGGUUUCAUUACCGAUUUCCCUCCAACUGCAAUGAACGCCGUUGAAUGUUUUGCCAAGUACAACAACUCCGAAAGCCGCAGAGAGGGACAACCUUUGGUUAUAACCAACGGGGGAGCAAGUGGAAUUUAUGCAGGGAGCACUGAUCUCGCUUACCAGAAAGCAGUAGAUGAUGAGGCCGACAUAAUUGAUUGCAGCGUUCAAAUGAGUAAAGAUGGAGUUGCUUUCUGUAUGGCGACUGCUGACCUCAGUGUAGAUACUACUGCAGCAGCCAUUUUCCCUGAUCGGGCCACCACCAUCCCUGAAAUUCAAAAGGAUGAUGGAAUAUUUUCUUUUGACCUGGAAUGGAGUGACAUUCAAAGCUUACAACCUCAAUUAUCAUCCCCUUUUGAGAAAACCAGUGAUCUUAAGAGAAAUCCAGCGGUAAAGAACGAGGGAAAAUUUAUGACCCUCGAUCAAUUCCUGCAAUUUGCAAAGGCAAAAUCUGUUCCGGGCAUUCUGAUCAACAUAGAUAAUGCUGCAUACCUAGCAUCGAAAGAAGGCCACGACGUUGUUACGACAGUGAGCACAGCCUUACAUAAAGCCUCAUUUGACAAACAGACCACUCAACAAGUCUUAAUACAAUCAGACGAUACAUCGGUGUUGGCCAAAUUCAGCAAUCUCGGGUACAAAAGGGUACUGGCUGUCAAGGAAGAAGUAAGCGACAUACCAAAGGCUACAGUAGACGAAAUCAAAAAGUAUGCAGAUGCAGUCACGUUGACUAGAUUCUCUAUAAUCCCAACAAGCCAUGGCUUCACGAGGAAGGAAACCAACUCUGUUCUGGCACUGCAAGCUGCAAACUUGUCUGUGUUCGUUACAACUCUGAACAACGAAUAUCUCUCGCUUGCAUUCGAUUACAACUCGGAUGCCAUGUUCGAGAUCGCCACUUACACACAGCUGGUCCAAGUCAAUGGUACCAUUACGGAAUAUCCAGGAACUGCAAACAAAUAUCUGAAGAACCCAUGCUCGAAUCUUAACGACCCAGAUCUCAUGUACGCCAUCUUACCAAUCAACCCGGGCCAAAUGCUCAAUCUAACCAAGUACUCGGAAAACCUGAGUCCUCCGAAACCAGCUCUAGCUGUUAAAGACAUCGCCGACCCACCAUUACCUCCAGCGAUCAAAGUUCAAGACGGAGCUCCUCCUCCGGGUUCAUCUGCCUGUGCCCAUUCCGGCCUCUCAAUUGCAGCUAUGGCGUUGCUAAGCUUACUCAACGGCUUAUUCCACAUCUAACUCCAGCCAGAAGUUCUAACAGACGUCUAGCAUAUUAGCAGUCGUGAUUCCAACUUUACAUCUGUACAGAUUGCAAUUUAUCACAAUCCGCUGCUAUGGCUUUGCUAAGCUCUCACUCAACGGUUUCUUCCACAUCUAACUCCAUCCAGAACUUCUAACAGACGUCUAGCAUUAGCAAUCGUGAUACCAUCUUGUACAGAUUGCAAUUUAUCACAUUUCAAGCUAUGAUCUAGAUCUCUUUCACACUAUUACACCGUCUCCAC